AUGUCCUGCGGCUACGGGCCUCGCGGUCCUGGCCCGCUCGUGUAUGCACGCUCCCCACUCGUACACCGCACAGCGCGCGGACGCCAUGGCCGCCGCGUGACCGCCAUGCUGCUGCCGGCGCUGCUGCUGCUGCCGCUGCUGCGCGCGCUGCCGGCCGCGCCGCCCGCGCGCUUCCCGCUGCUGCUGGUGGCGCGGCGCGCGUGCGGGGCGCGGCUGGCGCUGGCGCAGCUGGAGCGGCUGGCGGCGGCGUCCCCGCGCCUCACGCGGCGCCCGCUCGAGUACCAGCUGCUGAGCCACGAGGAGACUUGCGGGCCGCAGUGGGCGGAGGCGCUGACGCGGCGCGCGCUGGCGGCGCUGGCGGCGGGCGGCGGCGUGGCGGCGGCGGGCGAGCUGGGCGCGCGCGCGUGCGGCGCGCUGCUGGCCGCCGCCGGCGCGCUGCGGCGCCCGCGCCCCGCGCCCUGCGCCGUGGCGGCCGCGCGCGGCGCCGCGCUGGCGCUGCUGGCCCGCACGCUGCGCUGGCAGCGCGUGCUGCUGGCGCCCGCGCGCGGCGACGAGCGCGCGCCGCCGCCGCCCCGCACGGUCGGUGACCGGCGCCCGAGCUCGAUCUCGAGGUCGCACGCACCCGAGGAUGAUCGUGGUAUUGUCGUUUCAGUUGUCGUCGUUUGCUAUUCAUCGACGUCCGCACCGGCGCCGCCGGGCACCGCGGCGCUGGCGCCCGACGUCCUGCUGCUGCGCGUGGCGGACGCCGGCCCCGAGCCGAGCGCCGCUGCGGCGGGUGUUCUCGACUUUUUCGAGGAAUCGUUUCCGCCGGGAGCGCCCGUCCAAAGGAAUUCCUGGGACUCGAUCGACCGAGGGGAGCGAACUCCCGCGGAGAACGCGACGGGAAGUCAGAUCGGGCCCUUUCGUCUGCUGCUCUUCGCCGAAGAGGCGCCGGAGGCCGCGUCGCCGUACGACGACAUCUUGGAGGCCGCAGUCCGUCACGAGGAGGCGCGGCGCACGGGGGUGGAAGUGUUCAGCGGCGACUUCGUGCUGUACGAGAGCGACGUCGUCGGCGGAAACGCGACGUGGACGCGCCUGGCGAAGGUGUCGGCCACGGCGCGCCAGCCGCUGGGCGCGCCGUGGGCGUGGAGCGCCGCGCUGGCGGCCGGCGGCGGCGAGCUGGCGCGGCGCGGCGCGGAGGAGGCCGGGGCGGAGCGGGCGCGCGCGCCGGCGCUCGGGCUCCUCGUGUGCGCCGCCAGCGCGACCGUGGCGCUGCUGGCGGCGGCGGCCGCGGCGUGCGCGCGACGCGUCGCCGCCCGCCGGGCUCCGCACCGGCCGCGCGCCGCGCCCGUGCUGGCCGCCGCCGACUUCCAGUUCCCGGCCGACGACCGCCGCCGCGUCGGCGAAGGCAUGGAGUCGAUGCUGUCGUGGCUGCAGCGGCUGCACGACGUCGGCGAGGCGGCGCCGGCGCCGGACGCGCCGCGGCGCGCGGAGCCGCUCGUGCCGUCGGCGCCGUCCUCCACGUGCAGCGUGUCGCGCCUGGCGCCCGACGCGCGGCCGCGCUACAAGGGCGAGCCGGUGCACGUGAAGCCGCUGCCGGCCGCUGCGCUGGAGCUGCGGCGCGCGGCGCGGGACGUGCUGCUGGUGAUGCAGGGCCUGCGCCACGAGAACGUGAACCCGUUCCUCGGCUGCCUGGCGGAGCUGCGGCCGGCGCUGGUGUGGGCGGCGUGCGCGCGCGGCUCGCUGGAGGACGUGCUGAUGGCGGACGAGGUGGCGCUCGACUGGACGUUCCGCCUGUCGCUGCUCACGGACCUGGUGCGCGGCAUGCGCUACCUGCACCGCUCGCCCGUGCGCCUGCACGCGCGCCUGUCGUCGCGCAACUGCGUGGUGGACGCGCGCUGGGUGCUCCGCGUCACGGACUACGGGCUGCCGGCGCUGGCGGCGGCGCAGGCGCUGCCGUACGCGCCGCGCCGGGCGCGCGAGCUGCUGUGGACGGCGCCGGAGCUGCUGCGCGAGGCGCGCGCGGCGAGCGUGCCCGGCGGCUCGCAGGCGGGCGACGUGUUCUCGUUCGGCAUCAUCAUGCAGGAGGUGAUCGUGCGCGGCGAGCCCUACUGCAUGCUGCCGCUGUCGCCCGAGGAGCUGCUGGAGAAGCUGCGGCGCCCGCCGCCGCUGGUGCGCCCGUCCGUGUCGCUGGGCGCCGCGCCGCCCGACGCCGUGGCCGUCAUGCGCCAGUGCUGGAGCGAGCAGCCCGAGCUGCGCCCCGACUUCGCGCGCCUCGACGAGCUGUUCCAGCGCAUGCACCGCGGCAGGAAAACGAAUAUCAUCGACUCCAUGUUCGAGAUGUUGGAGAAGUACAGUAAUAAUCUAGAAGAGCUGAUCAAGGAGCGCACGGAGCAGCUCGACAUGGAGAAGAAGAAAACCGAGCAGCUGCUGAACCGGAUGCUGCCCGGGUCCGUGGCGGAGCGCCUGCUGCUGGGGCUGCGCGUGGAGCCCGAGGAGUUCGAGGACGUGUCCGUGUACUUCAGCGACAUCGUGGGCUUCACGGCGCUGGCGGCGCGCUCCACGCCCGUGCAGGUGGUGGACCUGCUCAACGACCUGUACACGACCUUCGACGCCGCCAUCGAGCAGUACCGCGUGUACAAGGUAGCGCCGCCUCCCGCGCCCCGCGCCGCCGCCCGCCCCGCGCUCACGCUCGCCCGCCCGCAGGUGGAGACCAUCGGCGACGCGUACAUGGUGGUGGGCGGGCUGCCGCUGCGCUGCCGCGACCACGCCGAGCGCGUGGCCACCAUGGCGCUGCACCUGCUGCACCUGGCGGGGCGCUUCCGCAUCCGCCACCUGCCCGGAGCGCCGCUGCACCUGCGCAGCGGCCUGCACUCGGGCCCGUGCUGCGCCGGCGUCGUGGGGCUCACCAUGCCGCGCUACUGCCUGUUCGGCGACACCGUGAACACCGCGGCGCGCAUGGAGUCAACGGGCGCGGCCUGGCGCGUGCAGCUGUCGGGCGCCACCGCGGCGCGGCUGGCGGCGGCGGGCGGCUUCCGAUUGCGCGCGCGCGGCCUCACGCAGGUCAAGGGCAAGGGCGCCAUGCUCACCCACUGGCUGCUGGGCAAGGACGGCUUCGACCGGCCGCUGCCGGUGCCGCCGCCGCUCGAGUUCGAGGAGGUGCUGCUCGAGGCGGACGGCGAGAGCGAGCCCGAGGCGCGCCUGGAACGCCAGCGCUCCGACCCGGGCGAGCCGCCGGGCGCCGCCGGCCCGCGCUCGGGCGCCGCGUCGGCGGAGAGCAGCCCGCCGCCGGCGCCGCGCCGCCCGCGCUACCUGCGCGCCUCCGCAUCCACCGUGGCGGCGCUGGCGGAGCCGCCGGGCGCGCGCGCGCUGCGCCGCCAGUGGUCGCUGGAGCGCGGCGACGCGCUGGCGGCGGCGGCGGCGGGGGGCCCGGCGCUGGAGCCGCUGGCGCUGCGCGCGCCGCCGCCCCGCGCCGCGCCGCCCCGCUACCGCACGCGCCGCGGCGCCUCGUCGCUGGACGUGUCGGCGCGGUAGCCCCCCCCCUCCCCUCUCCUCCCCCGACAAUAAUUUUCGUAGGCGAGUUCGUCGGAAUCACUUUCCUUCGUAGAUUUUAUGAAUGUCGUUGUGAUUAAUAUACGUAGAUAUUUAUAUUGUAACAUUUACGAGUAGCUCUUAGUCUAAUCAGAUGUUUUAUUAUUAAAAGAGUUCCUCCGAUUUAAAAUUCCCUUUAUCUCGGACGUGUGUAUUUUUUAACAUUUUAUUUAUUAAAAAUGUUUUAUCUUUA